CGCGACUAGAAUAGUCUGAUUUUACGUCGCGUUUAGUCAAGGAAAUGGCAUUGCGACUCCCCUCUCGACGGCUAGUCGCAGCAGUGCGCAUACCGCGCGUCAAUUGGACUUCUUCGCGAUACGCCUCCUCUGCCACCUCCGCCUCUUUAAAGGACUCCGGUCUCUUGCAGGAUGUGAAGGACUCAAUUGUAAGGAGCUCUUCUCUCCCAACUCCCGAUCCUCCCUCUUCGUCGAAGACAGCCGGCCUCGUGAAUUCGCAACUUCCAUAUAUGGUCCCCACCUAUGUCCGCCCACCGCCCAUGUUCGAGAAAGGGAAGGGUUGCUAUCUUUGGGAUGUUGAGAAUAGAAAAUACUUAGAUUUCACCGCUGGCAUUGCUGUCAACGCGUUGGGCCAUUGUGACGCAGGAAUGGCUGAAGUGAUUGCGGAGCAGGCUCAGCGCCUCGUUCACACUUCCAAUCUGUACCACAAUCCAUACACCGGCCUCCUCUCGAAGCAGAUAAUCCAGCUCACACACGCUACAGGCGGCAUGAGCACGGCAGCUCGGACAUUCAUCUGUAAUAGCGGAUCCGAGGCCAACGAAGCCGCCAUAAAGUUUGCGCGCAAAGUGGGAAAGUCAGUGUCACCGGAGAAGCCAAAGUUCGAAAUUGUAUCCUUCCAUAACUCUUUCCACGGCCGGACAAUGGGGAGUUUGAGUGCCACACCAAAUCCCAAAUAUCAAGCACCAUUUGCACCGAUGGUUCCCGGGUUUAGAUAUGGGACUUACAACGAUAUAGAUGCCGUUAAGGACCUCGUGACAGAAGAAACAUGUGGCGUUAUUGUAGAACCUAUUCAGGGCGAGGGUGGCGUCAAUGUUGCAACUCCUGAGUUUCUUCUUGCGUUAAGGAAGCGAUGCUCUGAAGUCAAUGCUGUCCUCAUUUUUGAUGAGAUCCAAUGCGGUUUGGGCAGAACAGGAACCUUCUGGGCACACGCAGGCUACUCCAAGGAAUGCCACCCAGACAUAUUGACAACAGCGAAGGCUCUUGGUAACGGAUUCCCAAUUGGUGCCACCAUUGUCAACAACUUUGUGUGCAAGCACAUCAAAAUCGGGGACCACGGUACUACAUUUGGAGGCAACCCGUUAGGGUCUCGCAUAGCAUCUUACAUCCUCUCCCGAUUAUCUUCUCCAGAGAUACUAGACGCAAUACCUAGAAAGGAGCAGGCUUUCCGACAGCACUUCGCCACUCUCCAAUAUCGAUUUCCUGACCAGAUUGCUGAGGUUAGGGGCAAGGGAUUGAUCCUUGGGCUUCAAUUGAACUCUGAUCCAACACCGAUUAUCACUGCAGCUAGGGAGAGGGGCUUGCUAGUCAUCACCUGUGGCACAAAUACCUUGAGAUUUGUGCCCCCGCUCGUAGUAACUGAAGCAGAGAUUGAAGAGGGUAUGGGUAUAUUAAGCGAAGCGAUGGAGAGUGUUUGGAGCAAAGACGAGAAGAUUGAUGGCACUAAGGGACAGGAAGAGAUAUAGUAGAGGAACCUCAUACCGGGAUUGAAGAUCCUUGCCCGGCGUUGUGGGUUUUUUAAGAAGAUCUGGUACUUUUGGGAAUAGAGAAAAGCUUCUUAUUUCCACGUAUCGUCUUCUCU